AUGCUGCUCGCCCGCUCCAUCCGGCGCUCGUCCCUCGCGUCGGCCCGCUACGCGUCGACGCUCGUCGUCGCGGACUGCGACGCCACCGGCGUCACGGCGGCGACCCUGAGCGCCAUGACGGCGUCGGGCGCCCUGGGCCCGUCGGCGAGCGUGCUCGUCUACGGCGCCUCGGGCGACGCCGCGGCCGCCGCGGGGACCAUGAGCGGCGCCGACGCCGUCUUCCACUUCGAGGGCACGCCGAGCGCCAAGUCCGUCGCCGCCUUCGUCAAGGACAAGGGCUUCACGCACGUCGUCGCGCCGGUCGGCAACAAGAUGAAGGACUUCGUGCCGCGCGUCGCGGCCGCGCUCGGCGUGUCGCCGGUGACGGAGGUCGUCGAGGUCCUCGGCGAGGACGCCUUCGUGCGCCCCAUGUACGCGGGCAACGCCCUCGCCACGGUCAGGGCCGGCGGCGACGUCAAGGUGCUGACCGUCCGCGCGACGGCGUUCGACAAGUGCGACGCCGGCGGGUCCGCGGCCGUGGAGCCCGCGGCCCUCGCCGACGCCGGCGACGAGGCCGCGGCCUUCGUCUCCGCGUCGUCCGGCGGCGGCGACCGGCCGGACCUCACGGCCGCGCGCGUCGUCAUCGCCGGCGGCCGCGGCAUGAAGAGCGGCGAGAACUUCGGCAUGCUCGAGACCCUCGCGGACAAGCUCGGCGGCGCCGUCGGCGCGUCGCGCGCCGCCGUCGACGCGGGCAUGGUGCCCAACGAGCUCCAGGUGGGCCAGACGGGCAAGGUCGUCGCGCCCGAGCUCUACGUCGCCGUCGGCAUCUCCGGCGCGAUCCAGCACCUCUCCGGCAUGAAGGACUCGAAGACCAUCGUCGCCAUCAACAAGGACGCCGAGGCGCCCAUCUUCCAGGUCGCGGACUACGGCCUCGUCGAGGACCUCUUCAAGGCCGUCCCCGAGCUCGAGGAGAAGGUCGCGUAG